UCGUUAAAGAGUAAUUGCAAAUUACAUCGGUUGGAGAGUUAUGCUUAGAUUUAGUUCAUUUACAAUAAAAUCCUUUCGAGACUAUAAAUAUGGACUGAUGACUAAUCCUAUAGGAUCAGAGAGAGAAAAACCUUUGCAUGAGUAUUGUUUAGAAACAAUCAACAUGUUAUUAGAGUAUGCUUUAGGAAGUAUCUAUGUGAAAAAUCAUUUUUCUCAUGAUAUUAAAGCCGAUAUUCUAGAAAUGGUGAAAGAAGUAAAAUACGCAUUUAAAGAUAUAAUACAAGAAUCCGAAUGGAUAGAUUAUCAAACAAAAUCUGUAGCACUGAGAAAGGUAAAUUCGUUUUACUUAAAAAUAUCGUAA